AUGUUGUUCCGCCGCCUGGGCCGCGCCGGAGCGGCCUGCAUUGUGGCCUCGGUGCUGGUCAACCUCUUUUUGCUGGGCUACUACCUGGCCCCAACAAGUCCAGAUGCUGCCCAGCUCGAGUUGCCUCGUGUGCGCCAGGUCGGGGAGCAUCCCGCGCCGGGACAUCCAGAUCCAGUCGGAAUCCAUAAGGCCCUCGACGUGGUACCUCCACCUGCUCCUGGCCCUCGGCCCCCACCUCCUCCGCCCCCACCAGGUCCGCUGCCCGUUGACCCUGUGGUCAGCACCAAGCCACGCACUACACCUGGCUUGAUCUCAGUCAUUACCACCAAAGCUGCUCCUGCUCCCGCUCCCGCUCCUGCUCCUGCUCCCGCUCCCGCUCCAGCUCCAGCUCCAGCUCCAGCUCCAUCACAAAAUGAGAAGAUUGUCGCUCCCAAGGAAGAGGAUGAUGACAAUGACGAGCCAGACAUUAACGAAGAUCCAGAUGAAAACCUCGAAAUGGCCGUCGGCCAGGAUGUAGCCGAAGGCAACCUCGAUACCUCACGUGCCAAACAGCAGGUCAACACAAAGGCCAAAGCAAACAAGGAUGCGGCAGCCAGCAACGAUGACGGUGAAGAACGAGGCGCCACAGAUGAUGACGAGGCCAGCAACACGAACGAUGAAGAGCUCAAUACCGGAACCACCUCCUUUACUUAUCGGGGUCUGCUGGAAGGAGCCACUAGUCCGCCCCUCAUUGGUGUCAUUACGGGUGGCAACAAACCCUCUGUUCAAACCAAUCGUCAGGCCGUGAUCGAUACUUGGUUCUGCGACACUUGCUACAUGGUGACACGAGAAGAGGUCAACACCCCACGCGUCAUACGCCUCUCAGAGUAUGCUGAAAAUGGCGGUCACAAGGGCCUACCCCGCAAGGUCAAGCACAUGUUUGCCGAAAUCCACAACGCAUUUGGACAAAAGUUUGAAUGGUUUAUCAAGGUUCGGUACCCGCUCCCGCCACCUGCUCCCAUGCUUGUGCAGUCUUGUAGUCUUGUGCUCACCACAAGUGCCCAAACGCUCCCAUUGUCACAGGCUGAUGACGACACCUUCUUCAAUAUGCCACGCUUGCUCAAGACUUUGAGUGCGUUUGACAGCAGCAUCCCCGUCUACUUUGGCAAGCCCUUUGCCACCAAGCUCUCGGGCGUGGCUGGUCCGGGGCCCCUCUGGAAAGAUUUUACGGCUCUCAACUUUUGCCACGGUGGUGCUGGCUACGUCCUCAGCCGAGCCCUUCUCGACAUUGUGGGCCCGUACAUCCGCGACGCUCCCGUCACCACCUCCCUCGAGGAUGCAGCCGUUGCCUCCGUCCUCUACAUGUACUCGGGUGUCAAGUGCAUCAACAUUAAUGCCCGUAUGUUUGGUGGCUUUGACUUGGUGGCCAAUGCUCACGACCAAGACCUGAUCCGCACUCAAAUUCAGGGCUAUGAACGCAGUGACCCCAGCAUUCUACUCAAAACGGCGUCCAUUCACUCCGUCAAGGCGGAAAUGACAACGUAUCUGGAUCGCAUGUACCGCAACCUUUACGCCAACACCAGUGCCGACCAGCUGCGCCGUGUUGACGACUUGGCUGAACGUGACCUCGAAGCCAAGCGACCCACCUUCACAACAGCUUGGAACUGUACCCUGUCCGCCCCUGCCGGUAGUCACAAGGCCAUUUGCAUGCAGUCUGCACUCAAGUCCCGACCUCCCAGCCGACCUCCGGCCCUCGACGUCGCCGAAGCCCUCAAACUCAAGCGACCCGCUACCGCUCAGCCAUGCCCGGCCCCUGAUGCCCGGCCUUCCGCGCCUCACGCCUGGCUGCGGGCCAGCUGGACCUUGCCCACUGCCCAAGAAUCAAACACAGGCACGCAGCCUCUGGCUGCAGAGCCAAGCCACUUGCGGCAGGCCAUCCUGGUGGCUUUGGAUGAGUUUGAAGGCACGGCACUGGCCUCGCUGCGACUGCUGCAUCAAAGCCUCCGUGCUUCGGGAUCAGCGGCUACUCUCAUUGUUUUCAGCACCGAGCCAGAGCGUCUUGCCAAUGGUCCCGAGGCCACCGCCUGUGGGGUGGAAAUUGUAGGCUACGACCCUCUGCUCAUCGGCCAAUUGUAUGCCAAGCGCAAUUCGUACAAGAUUACAGACCAGAUGCAAGCCCUGGCCGCCUUUCAGGCGCACCUUCGCGAGCACGAGGCCGAGUACGACCGUGUCUUGGCCGUUCCUCUUGACACAAUCUUCCAGCAUGACCCGUUUGCUGCCCUGCCUGAUCGGGAUGGCAUCCUGCUUUUCAUCGAGGAUCCUGUUGUCGUGCACUACAACCCACCUUGUUUUGGAGGGGCCAUCAAAACGCACGAGGUACCUGCUGAGCUCUCCAUGGAAACCUUUGCCGGUACACCCGCCGCUGUUGUCGAUAUGCUGGCCAUUCUACUGGACGUCAAUUAUCGCACCCGGCAAUGCCCCUUCAAGGUGGCCGCCAUGAUUGACAUUUACCAAAAGUCGGUGGCAAUCCACCACCCGGUCGCCGUCAUCAACCCCUGGGACGGCCCUGUUGCCUUUAUCAGCGAGCGCCAGCCCGUUCGCGCCAUUGCCGCUCCUCCCAACUCUGCGCAGACGCCUGGACCGGGGAACAUGCUGCUAGUGAACCAGGCACGGCGUGUGGUGGCCUGGGUGGUGGCUUACCGAGCGCAGGCCGAAGCCCCACAAGAAGGUCCGGUGGUCAUACCACCGCAAGACACGAUCAAGACAGAUCUUGAAUUGGCCCUCGAGCAGACGCCGGACAAGCUUCACUCGGUGCUGCGAAAGAUUGCAACUUUUCAAGAUCCCAGUCCGGCAGAAUGGCUGCCCGACAGCAAGGCAUAUCUGCGGUGGUCGGCCCUGGGUGCUCUUUCGGCCCGAAGUGCGCCACUCCAGGCAUUCAAGCCUCUAUGGGAAUUACUUGCGCGAGCCUCGACGUUCUCGUCCAUGGCGGACCGCCCUAUGGCCCAACGCGUAGCAUUGCCCAGCACGCAUAAGACUGGCAAUAUUGUGGCGCUGGGCCUGCUUUUUCGUUUUGCAGCUCGCCACCACCGCCACAUCUUUCACCGCGGGGAGUGGCCUUUUCUGCCACUCGAGGUGAUCAAGAGUCCAGAUCCGUCUUUUGCUGGUCAAUACGACAUGGUCUUGAGCCAGCUGUGUGCCAAAGGGCAGUGGCAUUAUGCCGAAUUCGGCCAUGCCGACAAGAUGUACACGCACAUCCUGGGACCUGAUCAUCGCCGUGUGUUGAUGAUUGAGGACCCGGCUCAACAUUACUUGAACUGGCUUUACUUUUACGUCAUCCCCAAAAAGCGCAAGUUUAAGCCACAAACGAUUGUAGCCCAGUAUGUGGAGAGCCGCAUGAACCGCAAUCUGCAGCUCCAGGAGUUUGCCGUGCGGUCGGAAUCUCAAUAUCGUGCUUUUCUGCAAAAGUACUUGAGCAAGUUUGACGUGGUCAUUUUGCGCGAGCGGCUAGACGAAGGCUUGGUCCUGUUGCGCCGCAAAUUCAACUGGAACUUGGAGGACAUUACCUAUGUCAAACCCUCGACCUCAGGAACACGGUUUGAUGGCAAGUUUUUGGCGCGCACACCCCGCGUGGACGCAUUACCGGAAGAGCUUCAAAAGGGCAUCCGGGACCUGGUACAGCUGGAUCAACGGUUUUACGACGACAUGACCCAGCGAUUCGACGAGCAGGUCUCGCAGCAGUCUGAUGACUUUCACACCGAGGUUUGUUGUGACCGCGCUGCUGGGGAUAGUCAGAGCCAGGUCUACAACCGCUCGCUGAUCAUGUGGCCAGCCUAUCGCCUUCGAGACAACACGACUUAUAUUGUGGCCUUUCGGGGUCUUACCACUACCGCGGGUGGACCUGUGCUUCCAUCGAGCGCCUUUGCAGCACUGCGAGAUAACCUCACUUCAACCAACCCAGCCGUGGAAGCCCGUCGUACCAAAUACGACAACUUCAUCUUUCCAACCCUGGCUCAAGCCGGCAUCUCGCGUUCCAGCUUGACCUUGGCUUGGGACUUUACCACCGCUGGUACCCACGUCCUGACAAAUCGCUUCUUGUCCAUGCGCGAGGAUGCAUUCAAACGCACCACCGACGGCAUUGACUUUCGCAUCACGGAAGUCAAGGAGAACACCAACGAUUUCAUCGCUCGAGAAAUUCACGGCACGAUGGUAGUACCGUGGUACCUCACAAUGUUCGAGUCAAGCCCAGCAGUUCGCCUCAACGUGCAGACCAACGACCCAAACACAGCCGUUUACAACGGUGAUGGCGAGGUGGAAUUCACCAUGACCAUUCCACGAAGCCUUGUCGAGUCGAAGACACAGGGCAUGCUGGUGCAAUAUGGUCAUGGUCUUUUUGGCGCUCAGCGCGAAGUCUUGACUGACUACCUCGCUGAGCAAUCUAAUCGGGACGGAUACAUUCUCUUUGCUGUCAACUGGCUUGGCAUGUGCUAUGAAGACGUGCUCACCAUUGCCUCCAUUGUCUCGGAAGACUUGACCAACUUUGCCGCCAUUCCUGAUCGUUCACAUCAGGGCAUGUUGAACGCUUUGUUGAUGAUGCGCCUGGCAUCGUCCCCGGCGUUUUACACGUCGGAACACCUGACAUUCAAUGGCACUACGGUCAUCGACCCGACUCGUCGCCACUACUACGGCAACAGCCAAGGUGGCAUUUACGGCAGCGUCUACAUGGCACUCACCACGGACGUGGUUCGAGGUGUUAUCGGCGUUCCGGGUGCGCCAUACAGCCUCCUCCUGCCCCGCAGCAAGGACUUUGCCGUGCUGUUUGACAUCCUGAAGGCUCGCUAUGAUGACAGCUCGGACCGUGUUUUCUUGCUAUCUUCCAUGCAACUUCUUUGGGAUCGCAUGGAGCCCUCAGGCUAUUUGAAUCGUGUCUCACGAGAUCUGCUCCCAAACACCCCCAAGCAUCAGGUGCUGGUGCACUAUGGUCUUUCCGAUGCACAAGUUUCCUGGCUGGGUGGCUUGCAGCUGGCUCGCUCCCUGGAUUGUCACAUGUUCUCAUCCAAUGUCCACGAAGGCAACUCAAGCCUUUACGGCUUUCCAAUGCACGACGAUGCCGAGGUGAUUAGCGACGAUAUCAACUUUGCCCUGGGCUUCUAUUGGAACACCCCACCGGUGCCGACGGUCAAUGUUCCACCAACUGAGGCCGACACCCACGGCAAAGAGCGCCGCUCGUUAGCCGCCCAGAAGAUGAUUGCCCAAUUCUUUCACAACGGCACCAUCUAUAACCCGUGUGGCGGCCCUUGUGUGAACGAAACUUUGGCAGGUGUUUGA